AUGGCAGGUCUGGACGACUCCUCAAUCACAUCGGUUGCAUUCUCCGAGACCAUUCGUCUGCGGGCCUCUGACCAGUUUGAACGGGACUUCAAGGCCGGUGCAGCCGGAGAACUAUUCGUAUUCGAACUCCUCUCACGACUAGAUCCACCCCUACCUACCUUCACCCGCGACAACUGGCAAAUCUAUUCCGACAUGACAGCAUGGCAUGGUCGUGAGACAGCAGACAUUACCUACGAUGAUCAGGACGGAGUUCUCACCUCCCUCUUCAUAGACAAAGGAUACCUACGGGAUGAUGUGUGGAGGGGAAAGACACCUCGGUUCUACAUAGAAGUCAAAUCUUCUACUGCGGACAACCGUACGCCUUUCUUCAUGAGCAAGCACCAGUACCGACGGAUGCAAGAGAUGUCCAAUGGCGAGAUACGGUCUGAUAACAUGGACAUGGUGUAUGUGAUCUUCCGAGUGUAUAUUCUAGGACAGCAGUGCAUGAGAAUGAAGGUUUAUGUGGAUCCAGAAAUGAUGCGCGUGAGAGAGGAGUUACUAUUUACUGCCGAGGGGUGGUCGGUUGUUCCCGCUUGA